AUGACAUUGCAUCAAAUCACGCGUUUCGAACGCAACAACAACGUGUAUGUAACCGUGUUUACGGCGGCGGAACAGGAACACGGAUACGUGCCGCUGCAACUCACAUCGAACAAGAAGGAGAAGCAUGUGAAUCUGUUGUAUGUUCCCGAUCAACACAAUGGACACGUGGGACACUUCGCGUGGAUAAAACAUAUAUCGCGAUUAGUCAGCUCACAAUUGAGCAAAAAGAAGACAGCAAAGUACAUAUGCGAUCGAUGUCUACACUACUUCCACACGAGCGAUAAGCUGGCGGUACACACCGUGGAUUGUGAACAAUUGAACAACAGCGCAGUCGUUCUUCCCGCUGAGGGAAAGAACUGUUUGCAAUUUGAGAAUUACAACAGCAAGGAACGGGUUCCAAUGGUGGUGUACGCCGACUUGGAGUGCGUUCUCGAGAAACAGGACAAAGAGGAGAACGCAUCGAGCGCGCACAAGUACCAAAGACACAGCGUGUUCAGCAUCGGUUAUUACGCGAGCUGCGAGCACAUUGACAUCGGAUACAGAUCUCACAGAGGCAAGAACUGUGUGCAGUGGAACGCCAAGUGUUGCCACGUUUGCGAACGACCGUUCGAGCGAGAUGACACGAGAGUGCGCGAUCACUGUCAUCUGACGGGACGCUUCAGAGGACCCGCGCACUCCGCGUGCAAUCUGAAUUACAAACAGGUCUACGUUAAUCCCGUUGUGUUCCACAACUUGUCGGGAUACGACGCGCAUUUUAUUAUCAAGGAUGUGGCCACCGCUUUCGAGGGUGAGAUCAACGUGCUGCCCGUGACAAAAGAGACCUACAUAUCGUUUACGAAACAUGUGAGCAGUACUCGAGAUGAAGACAAUCAGAAGUGCGUGCAACUGCGGUUCAUUGAUUCGUACAAAUUUCUGAGCACAAGUUUAGAAAAGCUUGCGUCCUAUCUCGACAAGAGCGAACUGCGAGUGACUCGAACGGAAUUCAACGAUCUCUCCACCGAGGACUUCGAACUGCUCACGCGAAAAGAUGUGUUUCCAUACGAAUAUGUGGACAGCGUCGACAAAUUGUUGGAAACAAGUUUGCCACCGCGCGCGGCGUUUUACAGUUCGCUGACCGGUGAGGCUGUGACGGAGAGCGAGUACGCGCACGCGACGAACGUAUGGCAACGAUUCAACAUCGACGAUUUGGGAUCUUACAGCGAUCUGUAUCUGAAGACAGACGUACUUUUGCUGGCCGAUGUAUUCGAAAACUUUUGUCGCGAGUGCCUCGCGAGUUACGGACUGGAUCCCGCGCACUACUACACGCUGCCGGGAUAUACAUGGGACGCUAUGUUGAAGCACACUUGUGUGACGUUCGAGCUGUUGACAGACAUCGACAUGGUGAUGUUCGUGGAACGCGGCAUACGCGGUGGUCUGAGUCAAUGUUUAAACAGAUACGCCCGCGCCAACAACAGGUACGCGCAAUCGUACGAUCCAUCCGAACCGACGUCGUAUCUGAUGUACUACGACGUUAACAAUCUCUACGGAUGGGCGAUGUGUCAACCGCUUCCAUAUGGUAACUUUGCGUGGGUGGAGAACGCGUACGAGUUCGAUGUGACAACUGUAGCGGCGGACAGCAACGUUGGCUACAUACUCGAGGUCGAUCUAACGUAUCCGAAAGAACUGCACGACGCGCACAGAGACCUGCCUUUUUGUNCGACGCGUGAGGAGCCGCCNGGUAAACAUGGAAAGAAUCACGUCAAACUGCUCGCNACAGUGUUCAACAAGAAGCGAUACGUGAUUCAUUACCUCAACCUGCAGCAGUGUCUGCGAUACGGGCUUCGCCUGACGCGAAUACAUCGAGUACUGCGGUUCUCGCAAUUGCCUUGGCUGCGCGGAUACAUCGAACUGAAUACCCGAUUCCGCGCGAACGCCACCAACGAGUUUGCAAAAAAUCUUUAUAAACUUAUGAACAACGCGGUGUUCGGGAAGACAAUGGAGAACGUGCGCGAGUACACCGACGUACGACUCGUUACAAAAUGGGAAGGACGAUGCGGUGCGGAGGCGCUAAUUGCAAAACCAAACUUCCACAGCCGCAGCGUGUUNGCUGAAGAUUUAGUAGCCAUAGAACUGCGUCGUCUGAAAGUUUUAUUCAACAAACCGUUGUACGUUGGCAUAUGCAUACUCGACAUAUCAAAGACCUGUCUGUACGAAUUCCAUUACGACCACAUGGCACCGUUGUACGGUUACGACUGCAAGAUCCUCUACACCGAUACCGACAGUUUGAUAUACCACAUAAAGUGCGAGGAUGUGUACGAGGAUAUGAAGCGCGAUAUCGCUCGCUUCGAUACGAGCGACUAUCCAGCGGACAAUUCAUACAACAUGCCUCGCGCAAACAAGAAGGUGCCGGGACUUAUAAAGGAUGAGAACAACGGAGCUGUUAUGACGGAGUUUGUGGGUUUGCGCGCGAAGAUGUACGCGACUCGAGUGGGCGACANCAAGUGCACGAAGAAGGUGAAAGGUGUAAAGAGAAGCGUCGUUGCGAGAACGACUUUCGACGACUACAUGCAAUGUCUGCAGAACGCAACCGAACUGACGCGACAGCAGUCGUGCAUACGAUCUCAAUUGCACGAGAUGUUUACCAUGUCGGAACGGAAGCUCGCUCUGAGUCCGCACGACGACAAGCGGUACAUCAUCCAUGGAUCGACCGACACCUUACCGUGGGGCCACUACAAAAUCCCUAACUUAGAUUAG